CUCAGGUCUGCUACCGCUGCUACCGCCCCCCCUGCCGCCCCAGCUGGGGAGGGUGGCCCCCCUGCGCCCCCUCCAAACCUCACCAGUAACCGGAGACUGCAGCAGACCCAGGCCCAGGUGGAUGAGGUGGUCGACAUCAUGAGGGUGAACGUGGACAAAGUCCUGGAGCGGGACCAGAAGCUCUCGGAGCUGGACGACCGUGCAGACGCGCUCCAGGCGGGGGCCUCCCAGUUUGAAACAAGUGCAGCUAAGCUCAAACGCAAAUACUGGUGGAAAAAUCUCAAGAUGAUGAUCAUCUUGGGAGUGAUUUGCGCUAUCAUCCUCAUCAUCAUCAUCGUUUACUUCAGCACUUAAACCCCUGAGGAGCCUGCCCUGCCCAGAGAGGGGCCACUCCCCCCCACCCCCAGCCGCUCCUCCACCUCUCAGCCAUAUCUUCCAGCCCCCACUUCCCUGGAUCCGUGUGUGUCCGUCCAUGUGUGUAUGUGUGUGUGUGUAUGUGUGUGUGUGUCCCUUUGUAAAUAGCCAGCUGUUAUUUAUACAUAUAUAAUAUUAUAUAUAUUUGGUCUGUUUGUAGUUUUAUUACUAGAAGAUUUUUUCCGGUUGUCCUUAACACACUCCUUCCUGAGGUUCCCACCCCUCCUCCCCCUCCUGGCCUUCCCCUCUCUUCCUGAGCAGCCUCUAGUCCCUUCAUUUGCAUCUGCUAUGCAAUAGACCCUCUUCCUGGCUGAUCCUCCCUCCUGCCCUGGCCUCCCACUCACCCUGAACCCAGCCCACCCCUCCCCUCAAAUAAAAAAUCACCUGCCCAGGCCUCCCUGGGUGCAUUUCCUUGGCAUUCAGUGGGAGGCUCUGAGACUGGCCCCACUUGGUCCUAAGAAUCCCAGGUCUUCUGGGAGUUUCCAGCAUGUUGAUUAGCAUAUCAUUUGCAUACUGACAUCUCUUUGGGGGUUCCUUCUUUUGUUUGUCCCAUCACUCUUCACUUCUCACCACCUGUGUUGUUUUACCCAGGAGUCCCCAUUGGUCCUUGUGACACACUUUUAUUUGCACGACAUCACUUGCAGGUGGUGGGGAGCCUGGGCUUUUGGGGAACCAGGCUGUCCUGGUCCCUCAGAAUUGCCACCUCCUUGUCCACCUCACCCAUCUAGUCCAGUUUACCUCCCUUGUCCCCAUUUUCCACACCUGCCACCUCUUCUCCCUACUCCCCAGCUGGUGUGUAAGUGUGUUGGAGUUCAGUGUGUUAUGAUGGACCAAUAAUUCUGCCACUCGGGGUCUCUCCCCACAUUCCUGUGCCCCAGUUUUCAUGUGGGGUGCUCAACUGACAUUCCCAUGGGGUCUCCCUCCCUCCCGUCUGCCUGAUUGCCUCCUCCUCCCACCAGGAGAUUGGGUGUGUGUGGCCACAAUCUGAUCUCUUUGGGAGGAGUGGCUACCAGUGUUGGGGGGGCUAUCACUGCCUUGGGGAGGCAUGGGGCAAGGCAGGGAAUUCCCCCAAUUCCUGCCUGAAACCCUCUCUAGCCCAACCCCUGCUGGGGGUCGGACUGAAAACCUUUCCUCUGGGAGGUUAUGGCUCCCAUCACUGCCCAGUUCCUCUGACUGCCCCCCUGAAUUCAGGGUGGGAGUACUAGUCACUGCCAAUGUGUAUGUGAGACUGGCUGGAAAAUGGGGGCCCCUGUCCUAGAGUCCAGAGAGUGGUCCCUUCUGUAGGUGAACUGGUAGAUGAAGAGUCAGAUGUCUUUUUAAAUGGCACAAUUCUAAAGGUCUGAGGGUGCAGUCCCUUAACCUGCCACUAGAGGGGACCCCCCCCCAAACGCUCUUUCUUCCCCACACACUUGAGGUUUUCUGUGUGGUGGGGGAGCAGGGACAUCUAAGCUGUGGUGUGAAACGGUAGGGAGAGAUGCUGGGGGUGGGGGCACUGUGUUCUAGACCCCCCAUAUUAUCCCAGUGUCCCCUGCCCCCUCUCCCCCCAUUCUGUGCCCCCAAUUCUGUGGCGCAUCCAGAUUGUGAAAAUGUACAAUAAAUGUGUGAUGAGUAAUCA